AUGAAUAAGAAAGCUCUAUCCCCCACUCUUUUUGUGUCUCUACUCUUACUCUUAUGUCUGUUGCUCUUCCUUGCUAUUUCACAACAAUGUACGAUUUUUUAAUCCUCGAAACCUUACAGCUUUUCUAGUAUCUUUCAAGCCCUACCUCCGCGGUGAACAAGCAAUAACGCACUCUCUCUUGCUCGCUCUUCCCGCCUCACCGUCGUUUUCUGUUCAUAGCUCUCUCUAAUUCUCGGACGACUCUCAACAUCGACUUCCUGCAUUCUUGCGCGCCUUUUGCCACUCUGUGCUGUUCCUGAGUUUCAUUUCCGGGAAGACCCAAGAGAAUCCGCUGCAAGAAACUUCAGUCAUGGCAUGCUCAAGCGCACAAUUCGAUUCUUCACGAUCUCCAUAGGAUAAUGUAAUUGAGACGCGAGAAACAAGUAUAGCGUUUAGGGCUACACCGGUCUAUGCCCCGUUUCAGUUCUUGGUCAAGGUAACCCACCCUCCUCAACGAAAGGUAAUCAACCGCUUUCUCUUGCUUCGAAUUGAUUUAUAUAUAUGUUUGUGGUUAUCCCAAUCCGUAUUUGUUAGCCGGCUGAAAUGGGUUUCUUGCUUCAACUUUUGUACAGAACCCUGCACGAUGAAGCGGGUGUGCGACUCCGGCGGUGAUAGAAUCACUGACCUCCCUGCCCACGUGAUACAGUGCAUUCUAGUGUUCUUACCUAUUAAAGAUGCCACCAAAACUAGUGUCUUGUCAAGGAAAUGGAGGCAUCAAUGGAGAAGUAUUCCUCAGCUUGUGUUUGAUGAUGGUUUUGUUGAAAUCCGUGAAGAGACUGAAUCUGAACGGAGUUUGAUGAAUAAGCAAGCUCUUUUGAACAUUUACAAAUCUCUGCUUCUUCGAGAUGGGCCAAUGACCAAGUUUGUGCUUUCAAUACCUAGAUUAAACCCCUGCCAUGAGAUUGACCUAAUCGUUCUUUACCUUUCUAGCAAAGGUGUUCGACACUUAACUCUAGUGUUUUCCCGUAACUCAGACGAGUAUCAGAUGCAUUCUUCCUUGUUUUCUGCACUUCACUUGAAAUCCCUCAAACUUAGGUCUUGUGAAGUUACACCACCAUCUUGGUUUGUUGGCUUUAGUAAGCUUACCCAUCUUGAAUUGAAUCGUGUUACAUUGCCGUGUGAUUUCUUCAAGGAUUUCCUUCCCAAGUGCCCCCUGCUUGAAUCUUUAAGUGUAGUAGAUUGUGAUGGUCUAGAAGGUAACCUUGAUAUUGUGGCUCCGUUCCUCAAAUCCUUCACCUUGGUGGUGGAUUUCUUCGAUAUCUGCUUUAGCUUCAAAUCUACUCCACUCCUGUCAUACGUCGUACUUGAUUGGAAUGAUGAUUGUACUGAUGGUGGCGUACCUGAUAUGGUGUCCUUAUUUGCAUCUCUGCCUGCACUCCAGCAGUUCCAUGUUAACUAUGAAAUCCUGAAUAACUUUGCUGGAGGUGGUAGGAACGUGCCCGCCAGGCUUCCUACUCCUCUUCACUUUUUAGAAGUCUUUGACAUGAAGCAUGUUAUCUUUGAUGUUUCUGGGAUGGAGCGUGUUUUUGUUUGUUUAAUCAUGAGUUCCCCCAACUUGUGUUCGCUCACAGUUCAGGUCAGCACUCUCCACCAACACGAUCAGCUGGCAGGCAAUGAAGUUAGCAGCUUAUGGAGGUUGUUGGAAGCAGAGGACUGCCCUGGAUCUUCACAUUGCCUUCAGCAUCUCAGGGAGUGCAGAAUUGUGGAUAACUGUGCUACACAGGCUGAGCUGGAUCUUAUGAGAAAAGCCUACUGGGUUGCUGUAGGUAAUAAUAUUCCCACCAGGAUUUCUUAUCCGCUUCAACGGUUAGGAGUCCUUACCAUAACUAGGCUCAUCUUUAAUAUCUCCAGGAUGGAGCGUGUUUUUGUUUGUUUGAUCAUGAGUUCUCCCAACCUGCACAAGCUCACAAUUCAGGUUUGUUGUGUUUUCCAACUGAGGCUUCUGUUUGCAGGAUCUAUUGAAGUUUAUAAAUUUGCAAAUGUAGCCCGACAUUGGUUCCUUCACAAAUGCUCGUGCAGCUGGAUCCCUGCCAUCUAGUAGAUCAGCCUGUAAAUAAUGAAGUGAGUGCACUGAGUUUGUUGACAAAAGAGGAUCGAUCAGCAGACUCUCAAGUGGCACUCGUAAUACCUCAGGAAAGAUCAGUUACCUCUGAAACAGCAGAAAUACUUCUUGCUUUCUCCACUGACCACUGCUGACUCCCUUACUGUCCACCAUACAUGAAUACUUUCUUGGAUCUGUUAACUACAAACAUUCAUCAAGUAUUGCGCAGAACUCUUAACAAACAUCAUUUUGCCUCAGGUAAGGAAGCAUCUUCGACCACUUACGAAACAAGCCAGCAAGAACAAAAGCACCUCACCGCCAACAUCUUCCAAACAUGGAAAGCCAUGUUCCUUGAGAGAACCAACACCUCCAAUUCCUCUGCUGCACAUCAUAAGAAAGUCACCAUACCUUCUGACUCGGACAAGCUUCACAUUGCAGCCCCCGCCUAUGAAGCCACACACGCCAGACAGAAAGAUUCCCAGUAACAAUGCCGUUGCUUCAAAAAAGCCAACCCACUUUCCUAAACCCAAAACCACCAGUACUGCUUCAGCGAAAACAAACCGCUUUCCUAAACCCAAAACUAUCCCUCCCACUAUCCAUCUCCCGGUUCCCAAAUGCAAUGACCCCACGCGGGACAAGAUGAGGGAGCAACUCUGCGAGGGCCUAUGCAGGUUUUCCCCGUGAGGUAUCCCCAGAGCUCUCAAUUGCAGCUGAAGAAUACGGCUCAAUGGCAUCUGCACUUAUUGAAAUGGGUGCUACAAACAAAGAUGUCGACACCAAGGCCUUCGCAAGAGACUUGAAAAAGAUAUUCUCAUCUAUACAGGCAAGCAUUGCUCCCUUUUCAGCUGAGUAUUAUCAGCCUAGAGUUCAUGAAUUUAGUGGAACUUUGUUCUCAUGUCAGAGGAAUUGGACACACAGAAGUAGUAGUGGCAACUGGCAACAGCUAGGGAUCCUAGUACAAACGCUACCGCUGUUGCUGCCAAUGUAGUCCUUGUUUUUCUUGAUGUGGUAUGUAGAAUGGAGAUUCAAGAUGUGGAACUUGAAACUACCCUUGUUAUAUUAACUGGAACUUCUGAAACAGCUUCUGUAUUUUGACCCCGGUACACACGGUUGCUGGCCCCUAACACGAUCAUGCUUCAGGAUCAUAGGAUUUCCAUCGUCUCAAACCGCAGAAAAACCGAUACACAGAGGGCUUCAACUAAUGACAACAAAUAUUGUAAAAAUUA